AUGGCCCCCUGUCCCCGGCCUGUCCCCGGCCUGGUCGGCAGCCCCCUUGGCCUGAUAUGUUUGUCCCUUUUGCUCUUCCCUGCUGCAGCUGGAACCUACUGCGAAUGCGGCCUUGGCCUCAGCCGUGAGGCCCUCAUUGCCUUGCUCGUGGUGCUGGCUGGGAUCAGCGCCAGCUGCUUCUUUGCCCUCGUCAUCGUGGCGGUCGGUGUCAUUCGAGCCAAGGGUGAAACAUGCCCCGGACACAUGGACAGAAGAUUGGUGGGGCGCUUUGGAGUCCAGGAAGACCGCAUGGACCUGCAGACGGUGCACGUGGAGUCCCACCUCAUGGACCCAGACCUGGAGGUCUCCAGGAUGCCGCCCCUGGAGGAGCAGGGCCUAAUGGCCAUCCCUAUGGACUCAGUGGUCCCAUCUGCCACUCUAGAGGAGCUAUCCUGUCCUCCCCCACCUGAGUAG